AUGGGUAGUGACAAUUUAAAAAAGGGAGAAGUUAGCCGAAAAGAUGGUCCAGUGGCAGAACCGGGACUAGCGACCAAGAAAGACAAUUCUUAUUCAAUUACUAAAAGAACUCACCCUUUAACUACUAAAAUAUCCCCGUAG